CAGAGCCGCCGCUGCCGCCGCCGCCGCCGCCACGAGGGGCCGCCAGCGCCCCCGGAGUCCGGCCGCGGCCAUGGCCUUUCUGACCGCCUGGAAGGGAGCGGCCUCCAGGACGGGCGUCCGCAGGACGCCCGUGAACAGCCUCCAUGAGGCCCUGGACCAGUGCAUGACCGCCCUGGACCUCUUCCUCACCAACCAGUUCUCAGAAGCACUCAGCUACCUCAAGCCCAGAACCAAGGAGAGCAUGUACCACUCACUGACGUAUGCCACCAUCCUGGAGAUGCAGGCCAUGAUGACCUUUGACCCUCAGGACAUCCUACUUGCUGGCAACAUGAUGAAGGAGGCGCAGUUGCUGUGUCAGAGGUACCGGAAGAAGUCCUCUGUAACAGAUUCCUUCAGCAACCUUGUGCACCGCCCCACCAUGGAUCAGUUCACGGAAGAGGAAAUCCACGCUGAGGUCUGCUACGCAGAAUGCCUGCUGCAGAGAGCAGCUCUGACUUUCCUGCAGGAUGAGAACAUGGUGAGCUUCAUCAAGGGCGGCAUCAAAGUUCGAAACAGCUACCAGACUUACAAGGAGCUGGACAGCCUCGUGCAGUCCUCACAAUACAGCAAGGGGGAGAACCACAGGCACUUUGAAGGAGGCGUGAAGCUUGGUGUGGGUGCCUUCAACCUGACGCUGUCCAUGCUUCCUACUAGGAUCCUGAGGCUGCUGGAGUUCGUGGGGUUUUCAGGAAACAAGGACUAUGGGCUGCUGCAGCUGGCGGAGGGCGCCUCGGGGCACAGCUUCCGCGCCGUGCUCUGCGUCAUGCUGCUGCUGUGCUACCACACCUUCCUCACCUUCGUGCUCGGCACCGGGAAUGUCAACAUCGAGGAGGCAGAGCAGCUCUUGAAGCCCUACCUGAAGCGAUACCCUAAGGGCGCCAUCUUCCUGUUCUUUGCAGGGCGGAUUGAAGCCAUCAAAGGCAAUGUUGACGCCGCUGUCCGGCGCUUCGAGGAGUGUUGUGAGGCCCAGCAGCACUGGAAGCAGUUCCACCACAUGUGCUACUGGGAGCUGAUGUGGUGCUUCACCUACAAGGGCCAGUGGAAGAUGGCCUACUUCUACGCCGACCUGCUCAGCAAGGAGAACUCCUGGUCCAAGGCCACCUACAUCUACAUGAAGGCUGCCUACCUCAGCAUGUUUGGGAAGGACGACUACAAGCCGUUUGGGGAUGACGAAGUGGAGUUGUUUAGGGCUGUGCCAGGCCUGAAACUCAAGAUCGCUGGGAAAUCUCUACCCACAGAGAAGUUUGCCAUCCGGAAGUCCAGGCGCUACCUUGCUCCCACACCCAUCUCAUUGCCAAUCCCUGCUCUGGAAAUGAUGUACAUUUGGAAUGGCUACGCUGUGAUUGGGAAGCAGCCCGAACUCACAGAUGGGAUACUUGAGAUUAUCACCAAGGCUGAAGAAAUGCUGGAAAAGGGCCCAGAAAAUGAGUACUCAGUGGAUGAUGAGUGCUUGGUGAAGCUGCUGAAAGGCCUGUGUCUGAAAUACCUGGGCCGUGUCCAGGAGGCUGAGGAGAAUUUCAGGAGCAUCUCUGCCAACGAAAAGAAGAUUAAAUAUGACCACUACUUGAUCCCAAAUGCCCUGCUGGAGCUGGCUCUGCUGUUUAUGGAGCAAGGCAGAAACGAAGAGGCUGUCAAACUCUUGGAAACUGCCAAGCAAAACUACAAGAAUUACUCCAUGGAGUCAAGGACACAUUUUCGAAUCCAGGCAGCCACACUCCAAGCCAAGUCUUCUCUAGAGAAUGUAAGCAGAGCCGUGGUCUCAUCAGUGUCCCUGUAGUUUGGCACAGCACUCCCAAGCUGGCAGACAGACAGCUGGACAGAGCUCCUGGAAACAUUUCAAAACUGAUCCCACCCCCUGCCCUGCCUUUGGGGUCCACCGGUGCUCCAGUGGGAUGGCACGACAUGAGUAUCCGUGAAGAAGCCAAGCCUAUAUUUUCACCUGUGUGGCCAAGGUCUUUUGCCAAGGACAGAGCAGGUGGAGCCCUCCGCCUGCCCUAUCACAUAUACGGGUACUUGUUUUUCACUGUGAUGUUUAAGAGAAUGUAUGAACAGUUUACAUUUUACUUAGAAAUACAAUGAUGGGAUCAUA